ACAAAGGGAGAGGAUGAGGAGGAGGAGGAGGAGGAGGCCUGCGCUGUUGUGCUGGGGGGACACACACAUCAAUCUGCUGCUGUAACAUCUGCACUGGCUGCUGUUAGUGCUGGCAGCAGGAGCAGAUUUCCCCUUGGACUAAAGAGGCUUAUGAGAUUGUGCGAGCAGAGGAACACGGUCAUUUAAACGCUCUACAGUCUUCAACUUACUCUACUGGUGUCUGUCCCUUGGAAUUACCAGUCCUGGUUCUUAUAAGGAGAAGGAAAGUAGAUUCUGAGCCAGGCGUAGAUGCGCAAAACAGUUAAGCUUCAGGAGGGUGGAAAUCCUUGUGCCGGUGGACUGUGCCAAAUGGCAAGAUGAUCGGAGGAUGACUUGGAUCCUGAUGAACAGGAAGCCCAUUGUGCUUCAGACGCUGACUUCAUGACCACUCUGAGGGAGGAUGCCAAUGAUCCUCUACGCCUGUAUAGUCCGGCUCCAGGACGGCCUCCCUCUCUCAGCCUCUUCGGAUUUCCACCUCAACAAGCAACUGCUGGAGUGCAAGAGAAAGCUGAAGGCCCUCACACUCACCAUCUCCCAGCAACCUCCAAGAGGCACCGCCAAAGUGUUUGACUUCAAUAUACAUUUUUGCUCUGCAGCCGACAUUUCUUCCUUGGCCAUUUGCUCCGGCACCUACCCUUCAGCCAUGGCCUUCUGCUUCCUGGAUGAGCUGCUGUGGGACUUCUCCGCCUCCUACAACAGAACGGCCAUUGCCCUGGCCUCUAGGCCGUACUCCUUCCUUGAGUUUGACUCUCUCAUCCAGAGGGUGAAGCACAACUUUAAUUUUGCCGUCGACCCCCCUGUCCAAAUUGAUCCCUCCCCUCCCCCUGUCUUCGUUAAGCUGGACGAGGUAGAAGAGAGGAACGGGACGCUGAAUGGAUAUGCAAGCUCACACCCCCAGCCAGCCCCUAAUUGCAGAAUGACCCCCGUAACGGCCUUGGGAAUCCUGUCGCUUACGCUCAACAUCAUGUGCAGCGCUCUCAGCCUCAUCCGGGGGGUUCACCUGGCGGAACACUCAUUGCAGGACGGCUAUGAAAAUGUAGGAAGAGUCGUGGCAUUUUUGACAGCAUUUUCGGCCAACAUAUUACAGUGCUACCUGUACCUGUUCCACUGCUCGGCCAGGAAGCGGAAGGCCUGCGGGCUGCUGGGUAUCAUCUGCCUGUGCAACGCCUAUUUAUAUGGACUGCGAAACGCGUGGCAGAUCCUCUUCCAUAUUUCGGUGGCGGCCCUGUCGGCUCAGCAGAUCCUGACGAGGAAACCUUUGGACAAAGGCAGCUGCCCCGGGGUUUAGGGGCAAUUAGUGCAUAAAUGUGCCCAGCAGGCAAACCCCUUACCCGCCUUUAUGGGGGGAACAAUGACAGCUACGAUUGGCUGUGGAUUUCUGUGGUAUUUUUAUACAGGGGUCCCCCAGCUGUGCCAGUAUUAUUAUUAUUACAUGAAGAACAGGAAACUGGGAAACGUACAGAGAGUGCGGCACAGAGAUGGUUGAAGAGCCACGUGGGGAUCCGGCACGUGGCCCCUUGGACCGGGCAAUAUAGUACAUAACAUAAGUGUAUUUAUCUUCUCCUCUUCACUUAAAGAGCACAGAGCCGAACAGUCUUUGGAGAGCAAGUUUUGUCAAAGGAACUGUUAUUGGCUCCCUACAGCCAGAACUGCACUGAUAGGCCGAUAGGUAAACAAAUAGCGACUCAUGAACGGGGCGGGCUUUUCUAGCUCUGCGUUGCUGCCGGUGCUUAUGGGAUUAAAGGGCCAAUGUUUUUUUAUUUACCUUUA